GCAACUGCGUUGCAGACGACGCACGCGGCACGCGGCACGCGGCGGUCGCGGAGGUGGUCGCCGCGGAGUCGCCUCAGUCGAGCAGACGAUGAGAGCGGACGGGCGCGAGCACAUGGACGAGGAGGCGCUGAUCGCGGCCAAGACCGGCGACCUGGAGCGGCUGGAGCGGCGGCUCGGGCACCACGGCGUCGACGUCGACGCGCGAGACGACCACGGGCGAACGCUGCUGCACCACGCGGUCAACGCCGGCCGGCGCGAGGCGGUGCGCUGCCUGCUGGCGAGCGGCGCGGACGCGCUGGCCAGCAGCGACAAGGGCAACACGCCGCUGCACAUCGCCACGGCGCGGGGCGACGAGGCCACGGCGCGGGCGCUGCUCGAGGGGGUCGCGCGCGCCCAGCUGCGCCGGCUGCUCGACGCGAGGACCACGGCCACGGGCACCGCGGCGCUGCACGUCGCCGCCCGGAGCGGCCGCCGCGCGCACGCGUCGCUGCUGCUGGAGCACGGCGCCAACUACGAACUGGCCAACGACGCGGGCGAGCGGCCGGCCGACGUGGCGCGCGGCGGGCCGCUGCGCGCCCUGCUGCGGCUGGUCGACCGGAGCUUCGCGAAGGCGCGCAGGGGCGACGCCACGCUGGCCGACGACCUCUUCGAGUGCGAGCCGCGCGACCUGAGCGCGGCCACGGGUUGCAGGAGCGCCGAGGGCCAGGCACUCGCGCAGGUGCUGCUGCUCCACGGGUACUACCGGCUGGCCAACAACCUGCUGUGGGCGCGCGUCAGCCGCACGCCCGGCCGCGAGCGCGAGCCCCUCCGCGAGCCGGCGCGCCUCGCCGAGCUGGACGGGCUGGCCGAGGCAGCCCGGCGGUUCCGCGACUCGUGGCCGGCGCAGCGCGAGGCCAUGCGCGCGCUCGCCCGCCGGCUGGGCGACGCCGCCAGCUCGAGGGCCGCCUGCGAGCUGGGCUGCCGGGCGCUCGCGGGCGCGCAGGCCGUGCUGCUGGCCUACCGCCGGUUCGAGGGCGGCCGCGGGCCGCUCCCGGCCGACCCGCCGAUGAGGACCCUCGAGGAGGCCAUCGAGGCCCUGGGCUUCGACCCGGAGCGCCCGCUCGCCGACGACGCCGAGCGGCUGCCCGCCAGGCUGCGCGAGGACCCCGCGUCGCUGGUCACGCUCGUGGAGGGCCUGGUCGACGCGGCCGUCGACUUGUUUCUGGGCUGCAUCUACGGCAUACAGAGCAUGGACGCGGCGCGCCGCGGGGACGCCGAGAAGGUCGAGCAGCUGAUCGGGCUGGCGGUGUUCAACAACGGCGUGGACGCCGAGCGCAUGACGCCCCUGUGCUACGCGGCGCGCAGCGGCAACGAGCGGAUCGUGCGCAUGCUGCUCGAGUCGACCGGCCGGGCGGCGCGCGGCGGCGCGCUCUCGCCGGUCUACCUGGCCGCGGCCGGGGGUCACGCGGCCAUCGUCGAGCUGCUGCUGGACGACGUGGUGCCGUUCGAGCUGCCCGACUUCGUCGACUGGCGCGCGGACGAGCACGGCUGGACGGCGCUGCACGUGGCCGCGAAGGAGGGCCACCUGGACAUCGUCAAGACCUUGCUGGCCUACGGCGCCACCUACGCGCUGGUCGACGCCCGGGGCCGCGCGCCGCUGGACCUGGCGACCGAGCCCCGAGUCGGCGACUUUUUGCGCCUCGUCGACGAGUGCUUCCGCGUCGCGCGGGCGGCCGACGGCGACGAGCUCGCCCCCAAGCUCGAGGCCAUGGAGGAGCGGGACUUCAAGGCCGUCACGAAUGCGAGGGGCGAGAAGGCCGAGACGCUGGCCGAGGUGGCCGCCAAGGCCCAGGCCGCCAAACUCGUCCACGUUGUCACCAAGAGGAUGGAGGAGAUAAUGGGACGAAAGCAAGUAAACGUGUACGUGCUCACUGAAAGCGAUCGUUCCAAAGUGAAGAAAGAGAUCGAGUUGCUAGCUUUAUUAUUCAUCAGUACCAUGAACAACGAGGCUUUAAUUGCAAUAUUAGAAGGUAAUUUAAAAAACCUAAGUCAGUUAAUCAAUCAAGGAAUCGACAUUGAUGCACAAGAUGAGAAUGGAGACACUCUCCUUCAUCAUGCAGCGAACAAUAGAGAGCACGAUAUCGCAGCAUAUCUGACACGAAUCGGUGCCGAUGUCCUUAUAAUGAAUAAAGACGGCAAAACUGCUCUACAUAUCGCGGUCGCGAGAAAAUUGAACUUAGUGACAGAUGGCAUUGUUAUGAAUGUUGCACGUAACAAACUGAGACAGUUGCUUGACAAGAAGAUUAAAGGUAGAGGCAAUACAGCGCUACACCUGGCCGCUCAGAUCGGCAAUUUCAAUGUGGUAUUAUAUUUAUUACACUGCGGUGCCAAUUUCGAAAUUAAAAAUAAUGACAAUAAAAAAGCAGCCGAUGUCACGAGCCAAGAGGAUAUUCGAGAUUAUUUGGAACGUGUUGGCGUGAGUUUCUCAAAGGCAAAAAGUGGCGACAAACAGCUGAUCUACUAUCUUAUGGGUGAUACCGCUUAUUUCCAUUUGGUGACGAAUUGUCGAAAUAAUAAAGGACGAACGAUGUUGCAAGAAAUUCUCAUAAAAAAUUAUGGGAAGUUAGCAGGCAAUAUGUUGCGGUUGCGAUCGUUCUUGAAUAUACCAGAAUAUGAUUUCAACGUCAGUUAUAGUCACGAUAACGCCAGAAAUAUUGAGAAAUUAGCCGAAUUAAUUCACAAGUACCAAGAAAUUUGGCAAAAUUAUGUUGAUGCUCUGAUAAUAUUUAAAACGUACCGUCGGCGUAACACACCAUUACCAAUUGACGUCAAUAUUUACUCUACAAAUCUCAUGACCACGAGUUGUCACACUCUGGAAAUAGCACAACAGGUGUUUUUAGCGUAUCGUAGCCUUUCAGGAAGAAAAUCGGUUACUAUUAAUCCAGCGAUGAAAGUUCUCGAGGACGUGUUUGAAGUUUUGGGCCUAAAUCCCGACCAGCCUUUUAUUGCUACAGAAGCAGAUUGCUACAAGAAAACACCAUUAGAAUGGGCAGAAUGCUACAGUAAAUUUCUGCACCUUAUAGAAGCUGUAGUUAAUGUAUCGAUCGAUGCUUUUUUGAGAUUACUUGACAGUAUACGACUAAGUCAUGCGAUAAGUGGGGAAAAUAUUGAAAAAGUGCAAAGCCUGCUGAGGGUCGUAAAUCUUAAUAAUGAUUGCUAUGAGUACCAACAUAAUCGUUCAUUUUUGUGCCAUGCUGUUGAAAAAGGCAAUCUAACGAUCGUCAGUUUACUUUUGAAAAAUAAUGCACAAGUGGUUCGAAACAAAGUUAUAUCACCAGUUUAUUUGGCUGCUAAAGAAAACCAGAUCGAAAUUAUUAAACUGCUGCUAGAGAAUGUCAGCCUUGCAGAUAUAGCUGAUUUCAUUGAUUGCCAACAGGAAGUCAACACCACUGCCUUACAUGCUGCAGCGAUGUCAGGCAACUUAAAUAUUAUAAAAGUUUUGCUUCGUUAUGGAGCAACUUAUUGUAGUUGUGAUAGUGAAGGUCGCAUACCAUUGGAUGUGUCAGCGAAUGAAGAAAUCAGUGAUUUUUUUAAAUUUGUUGAUAAGUGUUUUGAUGAUGCUAAGAAAGCUGAUGUUAAACUUAUUAACAAGCUGAAUGACAUGCAGACUGAUGAUUUUAAAGCUGUUGUUAAUACAAAAAAUCAAGAAGGACAAACACUUGCUAUUGUGGCAGCUAAAGCUGGUGCUAAAAAUAUAGCUGUAUUCAUAUUAACAUCAAUCAAACUUAUACAAAAGACUAAAGAGUAAUUAUAGUAUUCAAAAAUUCCGGUUUCAAUGACUAUUCAAAUAUAUUCUAAGAUUUUCAUUUGAACAAAGACAAUGACUUAACGACUGAUAAUUCUUUUAGUUAAUGUAUUUCGAUAAUUUAUGACAUUGUAUGUAAUUUCAUGUUUUAAAAACUGAGUUAUGUAGUUUUUGAUGAGUAUUUAUAUUAUAUUUAUAGGAAUUUCUUAAAUCGAUGAUUGCUAUAUAUGGUAGGUACGAAUAGUAAAUAGUAUAUUUUAUAAUUUUUAACUAUGUCAGUAGUAAAAAAGUACUAUAGAUAACAUUAAAUAAAAAAGUAAUCUUUAUGGGGAUUGCUGUUACCAGAAGACUG